AUGCCUCUGAGAGACUCAGUCACGCUGCUGCUCUGGAGUUGCUGUAUACUACUGCUCGUCCACCAAUGCGAGGGUCAAGGUAAGGCAUUUGCUGCAUGUCAAUCAGUGCCCUCAAAUAAUAAAUGGCUCAAGGCUAGCUAGUAGCCACCCACUACAGCAGUACAUACUGUAUACCGGUAUGUACAUCCUAUAGUACACACAGUGGGGUCCGAAAUUAUUGACACCUUUAAUAAAGAUGAUCAAAAAUGACUGUAUAAAAUAAAUAAUUUAAAUACUGAGCUAUAUUGUAUGUUCCCUCUAAGCUGUGUGUGUGCGCGGGGGCGCAGCUCACCGGGACUGCCAUGCAGAAGAAAUAUCAGCCCGCGCAGAGAAGCACGAGAUUGAACUUCACUCAACUUUCCCCGUUAGUUAACACUAUCAACGUUGACCCUGGUUGCUUCUGUGGGUCGCUCUGGAUGGGAGCCUGUUAGAUGACUGAAUGUAAUGUAAUGUCAAUGUUGAGCGGCUUCCCUGCAAGUAGAUUGUAUGUUUUAAUAUUCCAAAAUAUAUUUUUAUUUUUUUAAACACUAGCAACGUUUCCCUUUACUGUGGGAGUUGUGAUCGAAUCAACGCAAUAUUAGCCACGUUCAAUGCAACAUACCGAAACAAAUUAACUAUGCAAGAAAUGUUGUUGUAGGCAGAACACAUCGGAGUAGGAUUCUAUUGCAUUGACUGUACUCUACACAGACCGGUGCUCCAUCACCAAUCAGAGCUGCAGUAGGCCUAUAUGGAACUGUGCCAUUCACUUUGAACUUAACUGUUUUUACAGCAUGAGUGGUCGUGAGUAGAUGCUCUUGUUUUGAGAUCAAAGCGAGAGCUAAAUGUAGCGACAUUUGUUCAUAUCCUUUGCUAGUUAGUGAGUUAUUAGCCCAGUUAUAGAUCAUUUGUAGUCCUCAAUGGGGGAGUGAUUGCUUCCUACAAGAGCACAAAACGUGUGCAUUUCUAGACAUCUUUGAAAAGUGAGUCAGGUAAAGAGCUUUUUUGUCUUAAAGGGGCAGUGUUGCAUUUUGAGACAGGCUUGAAUAAGCUAAGUAGGCAAUACGUAGAGGGUAGAAUAAUAUGACUGAUUCUCUGUAAUAAUUGUAUUGGAAUAAUGAUGCAAGUGGAUAAACAGGUUAAUGUCAAGCCCUGCAUGUUUUUUUCAAAAGUCUCAUGGAAUGUAGGCCUACAUAGAACACCACACAUUGGCUGCUACUGUAGGCUGAAUGAUAGAACAGCUGUUUCCAUGAUAAAAUGUUAUGGGAUACUUUUUCUCCAUUGUUUUUGAUGGUAGGCCACUCUGGUAGGCCUACAUUAUGAUCAAAUAGCCACAGUAGCCUACUUGACCACUGUUAAAACUAACUUAAAGCGGGUACAGCCUCAGUGUUCACAGUAAACGUGCACCGGAAGUUGCACAGAAUAUUCCCAACGUUUUCAGUGACUAAAAAAAUUAGAGGGAACAUUGAUUGUAUGCUAAAGAAAUGGUCAUUAGGCCACAAAAUUACAAAAAUAUAUAUCUAAAAAAGAUAGGGGUCAAAAUGAUUCACACCGUUUUCAAUACCUUUCAAUAACUCACCUUGCAAGGAAAACGGCACUGAGCCUUUUUCUGAAAUGUUUUCUGAGUUGGAAAACACAUUGGGAGGGAUCUUAGACCAUUUCUCCAUACAGAAUCUUUCCAGAUACUUGAUAUCCUUCGCCUGGACUGGCCUCUUCAAUUCAAACCACAGGUUUGAGAUGGCCAUUGCAACAUUUUGAUUUUGUGGCCAAUUAACCAUUUCUCUAGCAUACAAUAUUGCUCAGUAUUUGAAUUAUUUAUUUUAUACAGUCAUUUUUUGCUAAUCUUUAUCAGGGGUGUCAAUCAUUUCGGACCCCACGGUAUAUGUACUCCUAGACAGAGAGCCCUGGCAACUGUACAUGUGAGUACAUCUGAUACUGUAUGUAGGGUAACUAUCGGGUUGAAGCCAAAGGAGCAAUACGAUUUCUGCUUGCUGAUAUAAGUAAACAAAACUCUGUUAAAAACAUACAUCAGAAGUAGUUUGAUUUAGAAUGAUUAAAUACAAAAUUUAAAUAAAAAGAAACAAGCAAGAUGUUGUGUACAAUAACAAAUAUGUAGACUCAAUAAAACAUUGUUUAAAGCAUGAAGUACAGAUUCUUAACUGCAUUUCAAUUUAAACUUUGAACAUUGCUGUCUGUGCGUGAAGAAUCAUGUUUUUGAAUCAGUCAUAAUCUGCCCUCAGUACGGAGUGGAAUAUCACAAACGGAGAUGCUUUUUCUCUCCUUCUCCCUUCCCCGUGAAAUUCCUGUCUGGUUAAAGAAUGUGAUUCAUUUUGGCGUCGCCCCCUGGGGUGAGAAGGGGAGCCGUGAUGUGGUAGGAGGCAUUGUGUCAAGAGGUGUGACACGUGUAUCAGAAGACAGGAAUGCCCUCUGUGUUACAGCAGUAGCCACUAGCCAUGGGGUUUGCUUUAAGGAUAAAGGGUCGUAGAGCCUUUCCCGACCUGUCUACGUCUUCAGGCCCUGCCAAGCGCCUCAGUGCCAUGGGAUAAGGCAGUUGAUGAUCCCUGCUCUGCCGUCCUGCCUAAAUAUUUUUCUAGCGGCGCAAACAGCUGAGUGGAUACAGAGAUUGAAUGAUCCUUAAUUUCUCAAGGAUCUGGUUACGAUUCCCUCAGCUCCUUCAGACGCUGGUGCCCCCUCGCACGUCCCUCCUUACCCCUUCCUCCUCAAUCUGGAUUUAGGACACGCGUGCGCGUGGGCUGGGAUCAAAAUGGAGGAAACCGAAACCUGUGCUGCGAGUAUAACUGGCACCAAAGCACUUGCCGUGGCGUGAGCAGGGAAGGAUGGGAGGUGGGGAUAAAGUUUCAUGGCCAGGAGUAAAUUUAGAUCCUUCUGGUUUUAACAUGAAGAGACAGCGCGGCCGGUGUGUAAAGUACCCCUCCAGAGGAGCACCGGGGAGCUUGCAGGCUCUGAGGGCCAGACUGCGGAAGAAAACAGCACCUGUCCCCCCAUGAUUAGAUGGUAAAUCAGAAGCUCUUAAAGAACACUGCUCCAAACAAAGGACAGUGUGUUUAACAGUUGGUGGUCCAGUCAUUAUUUCCAUGAUUAUCUGGUGAUACAUAAGCUGGUGACAAGGCCCUGGUCCAAAGCCUGAAUACAUACGAUAUCACCACCCUGCAUUCUAUGAAUGACAUGUUGACAACUUACUAAGUUACUACAAUACUACAGUGUACUGUAUAUACACCAGUGGAGGCUCCUCAGAGGAGGAAGGGGAGGACCAUCCUCCUCAGUGAAUUUCAUAAAAAUAAAACAUUAAACAUUGAAAGUUAUAAUUUUUUAGAUAAAACUAUACUAAAUAUAUUCACGUCACCAAAUAAUUGAUUAAAACACACUGUUUUGCAAUGAAGGUCUACAGUAGCCUCAACAGCACCCUGUAGGGUAGCACCAUGGUGUAGCUGGAGGACAGCUUCCGUCCUCCUCUUGGUACAUUGACUUCAAUACAAAACCUAGGAGGCUCUUGGUUCUCACCCCCUUCCAUAGACUUACACUAUAAUUAUGACAACUUCCGGAGGAGGUCCUCCAACCUAUCAGAGCUCUUGCAGCAUGAACUGACAUGUUGUCCACCCAAUCAAAGGAUCAGAGAAUGAAUCUAGUACUGAAAGCAUAAGCUACAGCUAGCUAGCACUGCAGUGCAUAACAUGUGGUGAGUAGUUGACUCAAAGAGAGAGAGAAAAAUACAUUAGUUGAACAGUUUAACAAAUUAAUUUCUUUAAAAAUGGAGAAGCAAGAGAGAGCGAAUGCAGCUGGCAAAUGCAGCUGGCUAGUUUAGUUACUCAAACACCUGGCUCAAACAGAGUUAGCUAGCUGGCUAUGACUAUCCAACAACACUGGAACUGUUCCAAAUCAAGGUAAACGUUUGGUUUUAUUAAUUUAUUGCCACCAGGGCUCACCGGUGUAACUGCUUACUGACUAUACACUAACGUUACUGCAUGAUUGUAGCGGGUUUACUAACACAUUAGUUAUAUUAGCUAUGUUGACUAGGACGUUACUUUAGCUAAUAUGGGGACAACGAUGUAGGCUGUGUGUAGCGGCUAUGACAUGGUUUGGCUUGGAAAGGUUUUUUCGCCUGGUCACAUACAGCUGAUGUGUUGUUCAUUGAAGUCCACAAACUAAGGGAAAAGGUGAGAGGAGGAGAGUGCAUAGAGGCGAGAAGGAAUACAACGUGGCUGUUAUGAAAGUGAACUGUGUAUACGCGUGAUCAGGGGUGUAUUCAUUCCGACGAUUCUGUUGAAAAACGUUUCUUAAACGGAAGCAAACGAAACGGGGAUAAAAAUACCUGAAUUUGUCCAAUAGAAACUCUUGUUUGCAACUGUUGGACUAAUGAUUACACCCUAUAUAAGCUAGAUGCAGGCAAGAGUGUGCAAGGCGGUAUUGAACGUGUCACUGUCUGUCCAGGUGUCACUGUCUGUCAUCUCAAGUUUAUCUCAACCUGUGUGCACCUACGUUGUAAACUUUCAUUCAUAGGCUAGGUUGAAGUAACCUCAUGAUGGGUAUAGAGAAAAUUAGAGUAUCAUGUGGUAGCCUAAACCUAUCGAUGUUACAUUGAACUGGGUGAAUGGAAUAUGAAUGACAGUCAUCCAACAUGCUGUAAUAGAAUUAAGGCCAUGCUCAUCAAAUAAAUAAAUAAUCCUCCCUCAUCAUAAACGGCACUGACCGCCACUGAUAUACACAGUUGUCAUUGUUAAUAUUCUGAAAAUGUUUAUACUGUAUAGAAUUUUUUGUUAUCUUGCUCAAUAAUCAAGCAGCUGGGGGACUUCGUCCUGAUUAGUUUAGGACUAUUUUUCCUUAUUCCAAGUCGUCCAGAAUGCAUUCUGUUGCUGAUUCUGAGCCCUGGGUCUAGUUGUGUCUUCAAGGUUCCAGUCUUAGCAGAGCUGGAGGGAACCUAUUACAAACACACAAAGCCCACCACAGGGACAGGGAAUGGGGCUGGCCAGACAGGCUUCCCUGGCAGACAGUGGCUGGGACUAGUUUUCUCUGAAUUGCUGCAGGGCCAGCAGCAGGAAUGAGAGGCAGGCGGGAGGGCUGCUGUACUUUCCUGGACCUCUGAGAGCAGGCUGACUUGUCUGUCCACACUCUGCAGUGAUCAGACGGCUGUCUGUCCGUCUACCCUGGCCUGCUCAUUCCCUCCCUACGGACAUGUGCAUGAUAUGUGCAGUAUGGCUGCCCAAGCCUUUGGCGCACGCCCAUCCUGCAUACUCCUUCUCCUCUCUGUCCCUCUCACUCAUUGUGAUGCUCACUGUAGUCCAAGUCAGACUGCAGGCUAGCUCCACUUCCAUCCCCUUAAAUUCUCAAUCUGUCUUUCUUCCUACCAGAUAUAACACACUUCACACAGUGCUUCAAGAUGCUUUGAAGUUUACUCUAAUAAACCAUGCAGAAAAAAGUUGGAAACAAAAAAGGGCCUCCAUGCAGCUUUACCACUAGGGAUGAGAAUUCAGAGAGCAAAUUACAGAAAUAUGCUCCCAUCUAAACCUCAGGCACUGGCAGCAUGGGGUAAAUGGCACCUGAAGGAUUGUUGAUGUUGUGUACUGUGACAUCCUCCAUGCCAUUUUAGGACACCGUACAGGACAAGCAAAUGGCUGGAUCAGGGCUCAAUUCAAUUGUUCUUGCUUUGUGUACACAGUAGCAUUUUAACAUAUUUAUUUCCGGUGGUCAUAUAAAAUUGCAAAAUGUUCCUAGAUAGACACGCAUAUGUAAUAGAAGGUUUAAUUCAGCCUUAAGUCAUAUAAGAUGCCACAAGUGUGCUGUUAUAUUCAACUAAUCAUGCUUUUAAAAGAGCACAGUUUAAUUUGUGCAUGUCAAAAACAUAAAUUAGGUCUCUGAAAAUAUAACAGCUUACAGCAUUAUUCCCAUUGUCAGUGGGAUUUCUUAUUUGUUUAAUAGCUUCCCUGUUUAGAAUACAUGAGCUAAUGCAUUUCAUUGUUCAAGUUCCGCUUUGUUCCCACGGACACAUGGCUUACUGCAGCCAACUGUCGUGUUGUUCAUGGAAAAUGCCUGCCAUUCCACAUCAAUCCAAUGAGUUUCUGCAGCAUUGUAUGCAUUCGCAACUGAAGGAUAACUCAAUUGUCUUAUGGUACAGAUUAUAAUUGCCAAAGCUACACUAUUCUAAAUGUUGAGAUGUGAAGACGCAACAAAAAUAAGAAAUAUAGUCAGUUGAGCUGAGAAACUAAAGCUAACAGACCAGGCUAUAUGAGAAAGUUUACUAUUGUAUAUCAAAGAAAGAAUUGGUAUAAGUUACUGCUCAGGUAACAAAGAUAAUAGCUGUUAUACUGUAAGAACUCUGCUCUAAAAAUCCCUCUGUAUAGUGAAAGGGUUUGGGUAAAGUACUACAGUGUGGGAGGUGAGACAAGGAGUGAUUGUGAAUUCCAGUGGUGUUUGGGCAGAGUUUGUGCGGGCAGAGACAUGACUGUACGGCAUCCCUCUCCUCCCACCACACGCGCUCCCCUCGUGCUGCUCACCGCUACCACACACCAUACCUGGCAAGCCCCCAUUAUUUACUAAAGCCAAGUACAGACAGUACAUAGGUAUGCCUAAGGCCAGCCAAAUCCACUAGUAAUAACAACUGAUGACAAUAAGAGAUUAAUCACAUAUCCCUUUAGUAGUAAAUGCUUGCCAGUUUAUGGGGAUGUUUAAUUACUCAGCAAUGCAGCUUUAGUUACCUUUCUGCAAACCAAUAGCAUAUAAUUCAUAGUCAGAUACAAUCAUAUAAAACCCCAAGUGAAAUCAAAGUGUGUGACUCAUCAUGUGGGCAUUCGUCUACCCUCGUCCCCACUCCCAAGGUUUCAAGUUGUAUUAGUCAUAUGUUAUACAAUGUCCAACGAAAUGCUUAUUGCAGGUUCCUUCUCGAUAAUGCAACAACAAUAAGAAAUAAUAAAAUAUAAGAAUAUGAACAUAAAGUAAAUGGCUCAGUAGAAUAGAAUAAACAUGUUAGCAUAAGUAUAAUACAGGAAGGCACAAUUUAUAGUACAGUAUUUACAUGUAUCAGGGAGGGAGGGAUUGGGGGGAAAGUGUUUAAAUUGUGCAGUAUUAGCAAUAGUGUGUGUGUGUGUGUGUGUGUGUGCAUGUGCAUGUGUGCUAAGGUGCGGAGAGUCAGUGCAGGUGGUCAGUCCAGUUCAAGUGUUCAGCAGUCUGAUGGUUUGUAGAUAGAAACAGUCUCUGAGCCUGUUGAUAUCAGACCUCAUGCUCCGAUACCAUCUGCCCGACGGUAAGGGAGUGAACAGCUCGUGGCUGGGAUGAUGCUGCCGGACUUCCUCAGGCACUCUCAAGUAUAUCUCCCGGAUGGGUGGGAGCACGGUCCCAGUGAUAUACUGGGCUGUCUUCACCACCCGCUGGAGGGCCUUUCGGUCGUGGAUGGAGCAAUUCCCGUACCAGGCCAUGAUGCAACUGGUCAGGAUGCUCUCGAUGGUGCAGCAGUAGUAUUUGGAGAGGGCCCAGGGUGGCAUUCCGAAUUUCUUCAGCCGCCUUAGGAAGUAGAGGCGCUGUUGCGCCCUCUUGACAAGAGUGGUGGUGUUGAUGGUCCAUGUCAAAUCAUCGGUGACGUGGACACCAAGGAACUUAAAACUGCUGACUCUCUCUGCUGCAGUCCCGUGGAUGUGGAUCGGGGCGUGUUCCCUCCUCUGCUUCCUGAAGUCAAAAAUCAAUUCCUUUGUUUUGCUGAUGUUGAGGAAGAGGUUGAUGUCCUGGCACCACAAUGCUAGUUCACUUACCUCCUCCCUAUAGGCUGACUCGUCGUUGUUGGUUAUCAGGCCUACAACCAUGUUGUCGUCAGCAAACUUGAUGAUGGAGUUGCUGUCGUGCAAACCCACACAGUCGUGGGUGAACAAGGAGUACAGCAGAGGGCUGAGAACACACCCCUGGGGGGCACCUGUGUUAAGAGUCAGUGUGAAGAAGGUAUUGUCAAGAUGGCGCCAACGGAGAAGGGUGACAUCUUACGAGUUCCAACCAGUCUUUUUUCAUGUUAAUCUUUAUUAUUUUUGUGCAGAAAGUUCAUUCUAUUAUCAAAUAUGACGCCAAGCACUUAUGGACAUCAGACCGACAUUUACUAACCUCGAUUUCAACUUCAAAUCCGACCUCAACUCUGACUCAGCUGUUCCCUUGUUCAUACCAGACCCCAUUCAUUUGUUUCAUGGGCUACCAAAACACCACAGGUUUAGACGCGGGAGAUGUGCUGGCAUCCUGAUGAGAUUGAGACAAAGAGAAUAUCGACUGGCACCCCGGUCCAUUUUAUUGGCAAUUGUCCAGUCACUUGAGAAUAAGAUAGAUGAGCAUCGUUCUAGAGUCUCCAAUCAGAGAGACUUGAAAAGCUGCAAUAUUAUAUGCCUUACAGAGACAUGGCUGGAUGACUAUGUACGUAGGACUCAGUGGUUUCUCAAUGCAGCGGCACAAUCGGACAAAGGCGGCCUCGGACAAGUCCAAAGGGGGAGGGGUGUGUCUCUUCAUAAACAACAACUGCUUCUAGUGUGAAGGAAAUUUCGAGCUUUUGCUCACCUGAUAUAGAAUACCUCAUGGUAAGCUUCAGAGUGUUUUAUCUACCAAGAGAGUUCUCAUCUGUAAUCAUUACAGCUGUAUACAUCCCUCCACAAGCCAACACCACUUUGGCACUCAACAAACUGUAUGGGGCCAUAAACAAACAAGAAACUGCUUACACAGAGGCAGCGUUUCUUGUUGGCGGAGAUAAAUGAGUGGAGACUUAAAACCAUUCUACCUCACUUUUACCAGCACGUUUCCUGCGCCACUAGGGCCGCUAAAACUCUAGACCACUUUUAAUCUACCCACAGAAACACAUACGGCACUCCCUUGUCUUCCCUUCGGCAAAUCUGACCAUGACUCUAUUCUCCUGCUUCCUGUUUACAAACAAAGCUCAAACAGGAAGUAACAGUGACGCACUCAAUACGGAAGUGGUCCAUUGAAGCAGACACAAGGCUGCUUCAUUGGACUAGUACAGACUGGGAUAUGUUCCGUUAUCCAUUCAAUAACAUUGAGGAAUUUACCACAUCAGUCAUGGGCUUCAUCAAUAAGUGCCUAGACAAUGUCGUCCCCACAGUGACUAUACGAACGUAUCCAAACAUAAAACCAUGGAUUACCGGCAAUAUCCACGCUGGGCUAAAGGCUAGAGCUAAAACUUUUAAACAGGUUAACACUCGCAAGGCCCAGACGAAAUACCAGGGCGUGUUCUCAAAGCAUGCACAGACCCUCUGGCAAGUGGGUCUCUCCAGGUGGUGAGGGUAGGCUCAACACCUCUGCCACGCUGACCCUCAACACGGGGGCCCCUCAAGGGUGUGUGCUUAGUUCCCUCCUGUACUCCCUUUUCACCCAUGCCAACACCAUCAUCAAGUUUGCUGACGACACGACGGUGGUAAGCCUGAUCAACGACGGAGUGGUCAGAGAUUUGGCAGUGUGGUGCCAUGACAACAACCUCUCCCUCAACGUCAGUAAGACCAAGAAACUGAUUAACUCUUUAGUCAUAUCCCAGUUCACCUAUUUGCUUAUGGCCCUGCCUACACCUAACCUUUUUUUAAUUAUAUGAGCAAAAAAUCUUCCACUUUAUUUGGAACGGCAAGCCAGAUAUAAUUAAAACGGGCCUAUUUAUGUAAGGAAUAUGAAUUCAGAGGGCAGAAAUGAUUGAAUAUUAAAGCAUUGGACCUCUCACUAAAGGCUUCAGUCCUACAAAAGCUAUACUUAAAUCCGAACUAAUUCUCCAGCAGAUUAGUAAGAAUGGCUCAUCCCGUGUUCAAGAAUGGCCUUUUUCCCUUUCUUCAGAUUACAACCUCUCAGUUUCGGUUAUUUGGUUCUAAACUAACAUAUGGAAUUGUUUUUAGAUGGUCAUACCAAGGAUCAUUUAGCUAUUUGAUUUUCAAUUUUAAGGUAUCAAAAUACAUAUAUAUUGGAUGAAACAUAGAAUUUCGCAUUACUGCUAUUAGCCAACACAGUGAAUAACAGUCAAAAAUAAUCAAAAGGAAGUUUGUUCUGAAGUGUCUGUCCUGUAUCUGAGAGAUAUAAGAAAGAUCAGGAAACAAUUUUUUUUACAUGUAUUUAUCCCCUUAUUUUAGGCAUAAAACUAUCUCCAUAUUUACUUCCAUAUUUUUUUUUCAACCUUCAGAAGAGUCUUGUAAGGCUUGUGGGCAUCCUAGAGUAAAACGGAGAACCCAUCAUUUUCGUGAGGCCAAACCGUUCGGACACUACAGACGUUUUCGGGAUGUCUCACGGUCUGACAAACACCGCUCUAGCUCUGCCACCUUUCACUGCAGAUGCGGAAGAGCGAUAUCGACGGAUGUGGUGGAAUGAGACGCAGCCCAAGAAAAACAUAUCUCUAGCUUAAAAGGACGGAUUUUGAUGGGGAUUUUGUUGUGUUAAUUCGACUUCUGCGGGGGACAGGAAAUUGUCAUUUAAGGGGUCAUUUAAGGACCCACAAAUUUACAGCUGCGCCACACAGGUUGCAAAAUAGUUGGGAAGAGAUUUUCGAUUAUGAACCGAUACACAAAACGACGCCGGAUUCAAAACGUAGAGUUUUUCAAUUUAAAUUAUUAUACAAAAUUAUUGUAACCAAUAUAAUGUUAUAUACAGUGCAUUUGGAAAGUAUUCAGACCCCCAGCCUUAUUCUAGAAUGUAUUAAAUUGUUAUUUCCCCUCAUCAAUCUACACACAAUACCCCAUAAUGACAAAGCAAAAACAGGUUUUUAGAAAUUUUUGCAAAGAAACAAACUGAAAUAUCACAUUUACAUAAGUAUUCAGUCCCUUUACAGCGAUUACAGCCUCGAGUCUUCUUGGGUAUGACGCUACAAGCUUGGCACACCUGUAUUUGGGGAGUUUCUCCCAUUCUUCUCUGCAGAUCCUCUAAAGCUCUGGCAGGUUGGAUGGGGAGUGUCGCUGCACAGUUAUUUUCAGGUCUCUCCAGAGAUGUUAGAUCGGGUUCAAGUCCGGGCUCUGGCUGGGCACCUCAAGGGCAUUCAGAGACUUGUCCCGAAGCCACUCCGGCAUUGUCUUAGCUCUGUGCUUAUGGUGGUUGUCCUGUUGGAAGGUGAAUCUUUGCCACCAGUCUGAGGUCCUGAGCGCUCUGGAGCAGGUUUUCAUCAAGGAUCUCUCUGUACUUUGCUCCGUUCAUCUUUCCCUCGAACCUGACUAGUCUCCCAGUCCCUGCCGCUGAAAAAUGUAUAACAUUUUUGACAUGCGUUUUUCUGGAUUUCUUUGUUGUUAUUAUGUCUCUCACUGUUCAAAUAAACCUACCAUUAAAAUUAUAGACUGAUCAUGUCUUUGUCAGUGGGCAAACGUACAAAAUCAGCAGGGGAUCAAAUACUCUUUCCCCUCACUAUAUAUAUAUAUAUAUAUAUAUAUAUAUAUAUAUAUAUAUAUAUAUAUAUAUAUAUAUAUACACACACACACAGUGGGGAGAAGAAGUAUUUGAUACACUGCCGAUUUUGCAGGUUUUCCUACUUACAAAGCAUGUAGAGGUCUGUAAUUUUUACCAUAUGUACACUUCAACUGUGAGAGACGGAUGUCACACAUUGUAUGAUUUUUAAGUAAUUAAUUUGCAUUUUAUUGCAUGACAUAAGUAUUUGAUACAUCAGAAAAGCAGAACUUAAUAUUUGGUAAAGAAACCUUUGUUUGCAAUUACAGAGAUCAUACGUUUCCUGUAGAUCUUGACCAGGUUUGCACACACUGCAGCAGGGAUUUUGGCCCACUCCUCCAUAGAGACCUUCUCCAGAUCCUUCAGGUUUCGGGGCUGUCGCUGGGCAAUACGGACUUUCAGCUCCCUCCAAUAAUUUCUAUUGGGUUCAGGUCUGGAGACUGGCUAGGCCACUCCAGGACCUUGAGAUGCUUCUUACGGAGCCACUCCUUAGUUGCCCUGGCUGUGUGUUUCGGGUCGUUGUCAUGCUGGAAGACCCAGCCACGACCCAUCUUCAAUGCUCUUACUGAGGGAAGGAGGUUGUUGGCCAAGAUCUCGCAAUACAUGGCCCCAUCCAUCCUCCCCUCAAUCGUCCUGUCCCCUUUGCAGAAAAGCAUCCCCAAAGAAUGAUGUUUCCACCUCCAUGCUUCACGGUUGGGAUGGUGUUCUUGGGGUUGUACUCAUCCUUCUUCUUCCUCCAAACACGGCGAGUGGAGUUUAGACCAAAAAGCUAUAUUUUUGUCUCAUCAGACCACAUGACCUUCUCCCAUUCCUCCUCUGGAUCAUCCAGAUGGUCAUUGGCAAACUUCAGACGGGCCUGGACAUGCGCUGGCUUGAGCAGGGGGACCUUGCGUGCGCUGCAGGAUUUUAAUCCAUGACGGCAUAGUGUGUUACUAAUGGUUUUCUUUGAGACUGUGGUCCCAGCUCUCUUCAGGUCAUUGACCAGGUCCUGCCGUGUAGUUCUGGGCUGAUCCCUCACCUUCCUCAUGAUCAUUGAUGCCCCACGAGGUGAGAUCUUGCAUGGAGCCCCAUACCGAGGGUGAUUGACCGUCAUCUUGAACUUCUAAUAAUUGCGCCAACAGUUGUUGCCUUCUCACCAAUCUGCUUGCCUAUUGUCCUGUAGCCCAUCCCAGCCUUGUGCAGGUCUACAAUUUUAUCCCUGAUGUCCUUACACAGCUCUCUGGUCUUGGCCAUUGUGGAGAGGUUGGAGUCUGUUUGAUUGAGUAUGUGGACAGGUGUCUUUUAUACAGGUAACGAGUUCAAAUAGGUGCAGUUAAUACAGGUAAUGAGUGGAGAACAGGAGGGCUUCUUAAAGAAAAACUAACAGGUCUGUGAGAGCCGGAAUUGUUAUUGGUUGGUAGGUGAUCAAAUACUUAUGUCAUGCAAUAAAAUGCAAAUUAAUUACUUAAAAAUCAUACAAUGUGAUUUUCUGGAUUUUUGUUUUAGAUUCCGUCUCUCACAGUUGAAGUGUACCUAUGAUAAAAAUUACAGACCUCUACAUGCUUUGUAAGUAGGAAAACCUGCAAAAUCGGCAGUGUAUCAAAUACUUGUUCUCCCCACUGUAUAUAUACAGUGGGGAAAAAAAGUAUUUAGUCAGCCACCAAUUGUGCAAGUUCUCCCACUUAAAAAGAUGAGAGAGGCCUGUAAUUUUCAUCAUAGGUACACGUCAACUAUGACAGACAAAAUAAAUAAAAAAAAUCCAGAAAAUCACAUUGUAGGAUUUUUAAUGAAUUUAUUAGCAAAUUAUGGUGGAAAAUAAGUAUUUGGUCACCUACAAACAAGCAAGAUUUCUGGCUCUCACAGACCUGUAACUUCUUCUUUAAGAGGCUCCUCUGUCCUCCACUCGUUACCUGUAUUAAUGGCACCUGUUUGAACUUCUUAUCAGUAUAAAAGACACCUGUCCACAACCUCAAACAGUCACACUCCAAACUCCACUAUGGCCAAGACCAAAGAGCUGUCAAAGGACACCAGAAACAAAAUUGUAGACCUGCACCAGGCUGGGAAGACUGAAUCUGCAAUAGGUAAGCAGCUUGGUUUGAAGAAAUCAACUGUGGGAGCAAUUAUUAGGAAAUGGAAGACAUACAAGACCACUGAUAAUCUCCCUUGAUCUGGGGCUCCACGCAAGAUCUCACCCCGUGGGGUCAAAAUUAUCACAAGAACGGUGAGCAAAAAUCCCAGAACCACACGGGGGGACCUAGUGAAUGACCUGCAGAGAGCUGGGACCAAAGUAACAAAGCCUACCAUCAGUAACUCAAAUCCUGCUGUUCCAGACGUGUCCCCCUGCUUAAGCCAGUACAUGUCCAGGCCCGUCUGAAGUUUGCUAGAGUGCAUUUGGAUGAUCCAGAAGAGGAUUGGGAGAAUGUCAUAUGGUCAGAUGAAACCAAAAUAGAACUUUUUUUUAAAAACUAAACUCGUCGUGUUUGGAGGACAAAGAACACCAUACCUACUGUGAAGCAUGGGGGUGGAAACAUCAUGCUUUGGGGCUGUUUUUCUGCAAAGGGACCAGGUCGACUGAUCCGUGUAAAGGAAAGAAUGAAUGGGGCCAUGUAUCGUGAGAUUUUGAGUGAAAACCUCCUUCCAUCAGCAAGGGCAUUGAAGAUGAAAUGUGGCUGUGUCUUUCAGCAUGACAAUGAUCCCAAACACACCGCCCGGGCAAUGAAGGAGUGGCUUCGUAAGAAGCAUUUCAAGGUCCUGGAGUGGCCUAGCCAGUCUCCAGAUCUCAACCCCAUAGAAAAUCUUUGGAGGGAGUUGAAAGUCUGUGUUGCCCAGCGACAGCCCCAAAACAUCACUGCUCUAGAGGAUAUCUGCAUGGAGGAAUGGGCCAAAAUACCAGCAACAGUGUGUGAAAACCUUGUGAAGACUUACAUAAAAUGUUUGACCUGUGUCAUUGCCAACAAAGGGUAUAUAACAAAGUAUUGAGAAACUGUUGUUAUUGACCAAAUACUUAUUUUCCACCAUAAUUUGCAAAUAAAUUCAUAAAAAAUCCUACAAUGUGAUUUUCUGGAUUUUUUUUAUUUAUUUUGUCUGUCAUAGUUGACGUGUACCUAUGAUGAAAAUUACAGGCCUCUCUCAUCUUUUUAAGUGGGAGAACUUGCACAAUUGGUGGCUGACUAAAUACUUUUUUGCCCCACUGUGUGUGUGUGUGUGUAUAUAUAUAUAUAUAUAUAUAUAUAUAUAUAUAUAUAUAUAUAUAUAUAUAUAUAUAUAUAUAUAUAUAUAUAUAUAUAUAUAUAUACACACACACAUAUAUACACAUAUAUAUGUGUAUGUGUAUAUAUGUAUGUGUAUAUAUGUGUGUGUGUGUGUGUGUGUGUGUGUAUGUAUAUAUAUAUAUAUAUAUACACACACACACACACACACACACACACACACACGUAUAUAUAUACACACUACCGUUCAAAAGUUUGGGGUCACUUAGAAAUUCCCUUGUUUUCGAAAGAAAAUCAAUUUUUUUGUCCAUUAAAAUAACAUCAAAUUGAUCAGGAAAUACAGUGUAGACAUUGUUAAUGUUGUAAAUGGCUAUUAUAGCUGGAAACGGCUGAUUUUUAAUGGAAUAUCUACAUAGGCGUACAGAGGCCCAUUAUCAGCAACCAUCAGUCCUGUGUUCCAAUGUCACGUUGUGUUUGCUAAUCCAAGUUUAUCAUUUUAAAAGGCUAAUUGAUCAUUAGAAAACCCUUUUGCAAUUAUGUUAGCACAGCUGAAAACUGUUGUGCUGAUUAAAGCAGCAAUAAAACUGGCCUUCUUGAGACUAGUUGAGUAUCUGGAGCAUUAGCAAUUGUGGGUUCGAUUACAGGCUCAAAAUGGCCAGAAACAAAGAACUAUCUUCUGAAACUCGUCAGUCUAUUCUUGUUCUGAGAAAUGAAGGCUAUUCCAUGCGAGAAAUUGCCAAGAAACUGAAGAUCUCGUACAACGCUGUGUACUACUCCCUUCACAGAACUGCGCAAACUGGCUCUAACCAGAAUAGAAAGAGGAGUGGGAAGCCCCGGUGCACAACUGAGCAAGAGGACAAAUACAUUAGAGUGUCUAGUUUGAGAAACAGAUGCCUCACAGGACUCCAGGAUGCUGACUUUCUAGGCAGAGUUGCAAAGAAAAAGCUAUAUCUCAGACUGGCCAAUAAAAAGAAAAGAUUAAGAUGGGCAGUCUGAGAUAUGGCUUUUUCUUUGCAACUCUAAUACUGCAAAACAUUGUGGCAAAGCAAUUCACUUUCUGUCCUUAAUACAAAGUGUUAUGUUUGGGGCAAAUCCAAUACAACACAUUACUGAGUACCACUCUACAUAUUUUCAAGCAUAGUGGUGGUGGCUGCAUCAUGUUAUGGGUAUGCUUGUAAUCGUUAAGGACUGGGGAGUUUUUCAGGAUAAAAAAGAAACUGAAUGGAGAUGAGCACAGGCAAAAUCCUAGAGGAAAACCUGGUUCAGUCUGCUUUCCACCAGACACUGGGAGAUGAAUUCACCUUUCAGCAGGUCAAUAACUUAAAACACAAGGCCAAAUCUAUACUGGAGUUGCUUACUAAGAAGACAGUGAAUGUCCACGAGUUGCUGAGUUACAGUUUUGACUUAAAUCUCCUUGAAGAUCUAUGGCAAGGCCUGAAAAUGACUGUCUAGCAAUGAUAAACAACCACUUUGACAGAGCUUGAAGAAUUUUCAAAAGAAUAAUGGGCAAAUGUUGCACAAUCCAGGUGUGGAAAGCUUUUAGAGACUUACCCAGAAAGACUGACAGCUGUAAUCGCUGCCAAAUGUGCUUUUACAAAGUACUGACUCAGGGGUGUGAAUAGUUAUGUAAAUUAGAUAUUUCUGUAUUUCAUUUUCAACAAAUGUGCAAAGAUAUUGGGGUAUUGUGUGUAAAUGGUGAGAAAAAAUAUAUAUUUAAUCAAUUUUGAAUUCAGGCUAUAACACAACAAAAUGUGGAAUAAGUCAAGGUGUAUGAAUACUUUCUGAAGGCGCUGUAUAUAUACUGAACAAAAAUAUGCAACAAUUUAAAAGAUUUAGCUGAGUUACAGUUCAUUUAAGGAAAUCAGUCAAUUUAAAUAAAUAAAUUAGGCCCUAAUCUAUGGAUCUCACAUGACUAGGCAGCGGCGUAGCCAUGGGUGGGCCUGGGACGGCAUAGACCCACCCACUUGGGAGGCAAGCCCAGCCAUUGGGAAGCCAGGCCCAGCCAAUCAGAAUGAGUUUUGCCCCACAAAAAUGCAAAUAGUCUGGGUAGCCAUUUGAUUAGAUGUUCAGGAGUCUUAUGGCUUGGGGGUAGAAGCUGUUUAGAAGCCUUUUGGACCAUACUUGGCGCUCCGGUACCGCUUGCCGUCCACCAGGUACUGGAGCCAACCCCCACAACGUCGGGAGUCCAGGAUGGAUCUGACGGCAUAGGCGGGGCUUCCCUCAACGUUCCAAGGGAGGCGGAGCGGUGUCGUUGGGGACGGCUUCAGCCAGGGGACCAGGAACCACCGGCCUGAGGAGGGAAACAUGAAAAGAGGGUCAUAUCCGGUAGUUAGUAGGGAGCUGUAAUCUAUAUGUUACCUCGUUGACCCUCCAGAGAACCUUGAACGGCCUCACAAACUGGGGGUGGAGUGGGAGGUUCCUGGUGGAAAGCCAGACACGGUCACCAGGAUGGAACACGGGAGCCUCACUGCGGUGGCGAUCCACUUGCUCCUUCUGGUGGCGGACGGCGCGCUGGAGCCUCACGUGGGCAUCGUUCUAAACCUCUUCUGCCCGCCUGAACCACUCAUCCACCACAGGAGCAUCGGUCUUGCUCGGGGUCCACGGAGCCAGGGCUGGCUGAUAACCCAGAACACACUGGAAGGGAGUCAGCCCGGUGAAGGAGUGACACAAUUAAUUCUGCGCGUACUCCGCCCAGGGAAGGAAUCGAGCCCACUCCCCAAGCCGGUCCUGGCAGUGACUCCUCAGGAACCUCCCCAGCUCCUGGUUCAUCCUCUCAACCUGCCCGUUAGACUGAGGCCAGUACCCAGAAGUGAGGCUGACAGUGAACCCCAGCAUCUCCAUGAAGGCUUUCCAUACCUGUGACGUGAUUUGGGGGCCAUGGUUGGAGACAAUGUCCUCCGGAAGGCCAUAGUGCCAGAAGACCUGCUGAAACAGUGCCUCAGCGACCUGGAGAGCAGUAGGGAUAACAGAGAGAGGGAUAAAAAGGAAGGAUUUAGAGAAUCUGUCCACAACCACCAAAAUGGUGGUAAAACCAUCAGAGGAGGGGAGAUCAGUAACUAAAUCAAUGGACAGAUGAGACCAGGGACGCUGAGGCACGGGAAGGGGGUGUCCUGCUGGAGUGCACCUGGGAGAUUUAGUUUGGGCAUAUACGGAACAGGAGUUGACGUAACGAGUGACAUCCUGUGCCAAGGUGGGCCACCAGUACUUUUCGGAGAUAGAUUGAAAAAAGCGGGUGAUACCUGGAUGUCCAGCGACGACAGCUGUGUGCGCCCAGGUCAGCAGCCGAUCCCUUAUCCCCGUGGGAAUGUAGAUGCGCUCAGGAGGACAGGUAGUGGGUGUGGGUUCCCUCUCCAGGGCCUGGUGAAUGUCCACAUCUACGUCCCAGACCACGGGGGCUACGACUCGAGAGGGUGGAAUUAUGGUUGCACUCAGGGCAGGAACCUCUCCCGAAUCAUAGAGAUGGGACAGGGCAUCGGCUUUGGUGUUCUUUGAACCAGGGCGAUAUGUCAGAGUGAAGUCCAAUCUAGUGAAAAAAAGGGCCCACCUUGUUUGACGCGGGUUCAGCCACCUUGCUGUCCAUAUGUACUCCAGCUUCCGAUGUUCAGUGAGGAUGAGAAUUGGGUCCUUGGCGCCCUCCAGCCAGUGUCUCCAAUCCUCUAAUGCCAACUUCACCGCCAGGAGCUCCCAAUCGCCGACGUCAUAGUUCCUCUCUGCAGGAGACAGUUUCUUUGAGUAAUAUGCACAUAGAUUACAUUUUUGUGGAUUACCUUGUCGUUGAGACAGGACAGCCCCCACGUCCACUUCUGAAGCGUCCACCUCCAAAACGAAGGGCAGCGUAGGAUCUGGGUGUUUGAGAACGGGACGGAGGUGAAACGUUCCUUCAGUAGGCGGAAGGCUACGUCGGCUGCAGGACUCCACCCCAACUUACGGGGACCACCCUUGAGGUGAGAGGAGAGGCAAUGGAGCUAAAGUUCUUGAUGAAACAGAGGAAGAAGUUGGCCCACCACAAAAACCGUUGUAACCCCUUUUAUGGUGGUUGGGACUGGCCAUGACCUGACAGCAUCUACCAUCUUACCGUCCAUCAUCACUCCUUGCAUGCCGAUCUGGUAACCCAGAAAGGAGACGGUUUCCUGAUGGAAUUGGCACUUCUCCACUUUGACAUAUAGGUGGUUAGUAUACCGGCGACGUCGAGCACCGGAUAAGGGGAGUGGGAGUAGACGUGACAGUAUGGAACAUUUCUGGGAUAUUUCAGCUCAUAAAACAUGGGACCAACACUUUACAUGUUGCGUUUAUAUUUUUGUUCAGUGUAUAUAUAUUUAUAAACUGGGUGGUUCGAGCCCUGAAUGCUGAUUGGCUGACAGGCGUGGUAUAUCAGACCGUAUACCAUGGGUAUGACAAAACAUGUAUUUUUACUGCUCUAAUUAGGUUGGUAACCAGUUUAUAAUAGCAAUAAGACACCUCGAGGGUUUGUGGUAUAUGGCCAAUAUACCACGGCUAAGGGCUGUAUCCAGGCACUCCGCGUUGCGUCGUGUGGUGCAUAAGAACAGCCCUUAGCCGUGGUAUAUUGGCCAUAUAACACACCCCCUCGGGCCUUAUUGCUUAAAUAUACACAAUAAUGAGUUUCACUCCCUUUUGCCCUCAGAACAGCCUCAAUUCGUCGCGGCAUGGACUCUACAAUGUGUCGAAACAGCGAUGCUGGCCCAUGUUGACUCCAAUACUUCCCACAGUUGUGUCAAGUUGGCUGGAUGUCCUUUGGGUGGUGGACCAUUCUUGAUACAUACGGGAAACUGUUCAACGUGAAAAGCCUAGCAGCAUUGCAGUUCUUGACACACUCAAACUGGUGCGCCUGGCACCUACUACCAUACCCCGUUCAAAGACAAAUCUUUUGUCUUUACCAUUCACCCUUUGAAUGGCACACAUACACGAUCCAUGUCUCAUUUGUCUCAAGUUUUAAAAAUCCUUAUUUAACCUGUCUCCUCAACUUCAUCUACACUGAUUGAAGUGAAUUUAACAAGUGACAUCAAUAAGGGAUCAUAGCUUUCACCCGGGUAGUCUUUUGGCAUGGAAAGAGCAGGUGUUCCUAAUGUUUUGUACACUCAGUGUACGUAUACAGUACCUGUCAAAAGUUUGGACACACCUUCUCAUUCAAGUUUUUUUUUUUUUACAUUGUAGAAUAAUAGUAAAGACUUCAAAACUAUGAAAUAACACAUGUGGAAUCAUGUAGUAACCAAAAAAGUGUUAAACAAAUCAAAAUAUAUUUUAUAUUUGAGAUUCUUCGAAGUAGCCACCCUUUGCCUUGAUGACAGCUUUGCACACUCUUGGCAUUCUCUCAACCAGCUUCAUGAGGUAGUCACCUGGAAAGCUUUUCCAACCGGAAAAUCACCCUCGGUCUGGGGCUCCAUGCAAGAUCUCACCUCGUGGGGCAUCAAUGAUCAUGAGGAAGGUAAGGGAUCAGCCCAGAACUACACGGCAGGACCUGGUCAAUGACCUGAAGAGAGCUGGGACCACAGUCUUAAAGAAAACCAUUAGUAACACACUACGCCGUCAUGGAUUAAAAUCCUGCAGCGCACGCAAGGUCCCCCUGCUCAAGCCAGCGCAUGUCCAGGCCCGUCUGAAGUUUGCCAAUGACCAUCUGGAUGAUCCAGAGGAGGAAUGGGAGAAGGUCAUGUGGUCUGAUGAUGAAGAAGGAUGAGUACAACCCCUAGAACACCAUCCCAACUGUGAAGCAUAGAGGUGGAAACAUCGUUCUUUGGGGAUGCUUUUCUGCAAAGGGGACAGGACGACUGCAUCGUAUUGAGGGGAGGAUGGAUGGGGCCAUGUAUCACAAGAUCUUGGCCAACAACCUCCUUCCCUCAGUAAGAGCAUUGAAGAUGGGUCGUGGCUGGGUCUUCCAGCAUGACAACGACCCAAAACACACAGCCAGGGUAACUAAGGAGUGGCUCCGUAAGAAGCAUCUCAAGGUCCUGGAGUGGCCUAGCCAGUCUCCAGAUCUGAACCCAAUAGAAAAUCUUUGGAGGGAGCUGAAAGUCUGUAUUGCCCAGCGACAGCCCCGAAACCUGAAGGAUCUGGAGAAGGUCUGUAUGGAGGAGUGGGCCAAAAUCCCUGCUGCAGUGUGUGCAAACCUUGUCAAGACCUACAGGAAACGUAUGAUCUCUGUAAUUGCAAACAAAGGUUUCUGUACCAAAUAUUAAGUUCUGCUUUUCUGAUGUAUCAAAUACUUAUGUCAUGCAAUAAAAUGCAAAUUAAUUACUUAAAAAUCAUACAAUGUGAUUUUCUGGAUUUUCUCUCUCACAGUUGAAGUGUACCUAUGAUAAAAAUUACAGACCUCUACAUGCUUUGUAAGUAGGAAAACCUGCAAAGUCGGCAGUGUAUCAAAUACUUGUUCUCCCCACUGUACAUACCAGUGGCGGUCGGUGCCGUUUAAGAUGAGGGAGGAUUAUUUUUUCUCAUGAACAUGGCCUUAUUUCUAUUACAGUAUGUUGGAUGACUGUCAUUCAUAUUCCAUUCACCCAGUUCAAUGUAACAUUGAUAGGUUUAGGCUACUACAUGAUACUCAAAUUUUCCCUAUACCCAUCAUGAGGUUGCUACAACCUAGCCUAUGAAUGAAAGUUUACAACGUAGGUGCACACAGGCCGAGAUAAAUUUUUUAGGUGACAGACAGUGACACAUUCAAUACCGCCUUACACACUCUUGCCUGCAUCUAGCUGAUAUAGGGUGUAAUCAUUAGUCCAGUUUCUAUUGGACAAAUUCAGGUAUGUUUAUCCCCGUUUCGUUCCAUUUAAGAAAUGUUUUUCAACAGAAUCGGCGGAAUGAAUACACCCCUGAUCACGCGUAAACACAGUUCACUUUCAUAACAGCCACAUUGUAUUCCUUUUUGCAUCUAUGUGCUCUCCCCCUCUCACCUUUUCCCUUCGCUUGUGGAUUUCAAUGCACAACACAUCAGCUGUAUGUGACCAGGCGAAGAAACCUUUCCAAGCCAAACCAUAUCAUAACCACUACACACAACCUACAUCGUUGUCACCAUAUUAGCUAAAGUAAUGUCAUAGUCAACAUAGCUAAUAGAACUAAUGUGUUAGUAAACCCGCUACAAUCAUGCAGUAACUUUACAGUGUACAAUCAGUAAGCAGUUUAGCACUUAAACCGGCGGGCACCGGUGGCAAUACAUUUGUAAAACCAAAAGCUUACCUUGACUUGGAAGAGUUUCAGUGUUGUGUUGGAUAGUCAUAGCCAGCUAGCUAACAUAGCAUCCCUCUGUUUGAGCAGAGUGUUUAAAUAGGCUAACUGAAAUAUAUACAGUACCAGUCAAAAGUUUGGACACACCUACUCAUUCCAGAGAAUGUAGAAUAAUAGUGAAGACAUCAAAACUAUGAAAUAACACAUAUGGAAUCAUAUAGUAGCCAAAAAAGUGUUAAUCAAAUCAAAAUAUAUUUUAGGUGUUAGAUUCUUCAAAGAAGCCACCAUUUGCCUUGAUGACAGCUUUGCACACUCUUGGCAUUAUCUCAACCACCUUCAUGAGGUAGUCACCUGGAAUGCAUUUCAAUUAACAGGUGUGCCUUGUUAAAAGUUAAUUUGUGGAAUUUCUUUCCAUCUUAAUGCGUUUGGGCCAAUCAGUUGUUGUGACAAGGUAGGGGUGGUAUACAGAAGAUAGCCCUAUUUGGUAAAAGACCAAGUCCAUAUUAUGGCAAGAACAGCUCAAAUAAGCAAAGAGAAAUGACAGUCCAUCAUUACUUUAAGACAUGAAGGUCAGUCAAUCCGGAAGAUUUCAAGAACUUUGAAAGUUUCUUCAAGUGCAGUCGCAAAUAUCAUCAAGCGCUAUGAUGAAACUGGCUCUCAUGAGGACCGCCACAGGAAAGGAAGACCCAGAGUCACCUCUGCUGCAGAGGAUAAGUUCAUUAGAGUUACCAGCCUCAGAAAUUGUAGCCCAAAUAAAUGCUUCACAGAGUUCAAGUAACAGACACAUCUCAACAUCAACUGUUCAGAGGAGAAUACGUGAAUCAGGCCUUCAUGGUCGAAUUGCUGCAAGGAAACCACUACUAAAGGACACCAGUAAGAAGAAGAGACUUGCUUGGGCCAACAAACACGAGCAAUGGACUUUAGACCGGUGGAAAAUCUGUCCUUUGGUCUGAUUAAUCCAAAUGUGAGAUUUUUGGUUCCAACCGCCAUAUCUUUGUGAGACGCAGAGUAGGUAAACGGAUGGCCUCUGCAUGUGUGGUUCCCACCGUGAAGCAUGGAGGAGGAGGUGUGAUGGUGUGGGGGUGCUUUGCUGGUGACACUGUCUGUGAUUUAUUUAGAAUUCAAGGCACACUUAACGAGCAUGGCUACCACAGCAUUCUGCAGCGAUACGCCAUCCCAUCUGGUUUGCGCUUAGUGGGACUAUCACUUGUUUUUCAACAGGACAAUGACCCAACACACCUCCAGGCUGUGUAAGGGCUAUUUGAUCAAGGAGAGUGAUGGAGUGCUGCAUCAGAUGUCCUGGUCUCCACAAUCACCCGACCUCAACCCAAUUGAGACUGCAGAUUGAAGGAAAAGCAGCCAACAAGUGCUCAGCAUAUGUGGGAAGUCCUUCAAAAAUCUUGGAAAAGCAUUCCAGGUGAAGCUGGUUGACAGAAUGCCAAGAGUGUGCAAAGCUGUCAUCAAGGCAAAGGGUGGCUACUUUGAAUAAUCUAAAAUAUAUCUUGAUUUUUUAAACACUUUUUUGGUUACUACAUGAUUCCAUGUGUUAUUUCAUAGUUGUGAUGUCUUCACUAUUAUUCUACAAGGUAGAAAAUAGUAAAAAAUAAAGAAAAACCAUUGAAUGAAUAGGUGUGUACAAAAAACGCUUAGGCGGUCCAGCUAAGGAUUUCAACAGCAUAAAAAUCCAUGAUGUUGUAAAGAAACACUACACACGUGGACAACAGUCUGCCUGGGUUAGAGGUCAUAGUCCCAUUAGCAUCUGAUUGAGUCCUGAAAUCCCUCAAACACACAAACGGCUGUCAUUCAGACAUGCAUAUUCUGACUUGACAAUUACUGAACCACCAGUAUACUUCUCAGCAACUGUUGUGUUAGAAAUGGUUGUGGUAGAAUUGUGAGGAAUAAACUCGCUGAAUUAAAACAUUCUGUUAACAUGCCUACAUCACAAAUACUGUUUGAAAUACAGCACUGUCAUUAUCUCAAUUAAGCUUCAUAGAGCAUAAAAUGGAGUUGUUUCCAGCUGCUGCUGGAGGAAUAAAGCUGUGGGGUACAUGCUUACAAACAGUAGAAAUAUUACAGAUAAGGGAAAUUAAACUGUUCAAUGGAUAAUAUGCAUAUCUAAUCAAUGACAAGUAUUAAGUCUGAAUGUCAGGGAAUUACUGGUAAAUCUUGGAUCUGUCUCUGAAGCAAGUGUAUCCUUUCUCUUACAGUUCUAAAUUGUAGGUGUAAUGUGACCAACAGUCGGUGUGAUGAGAAUGCUGUGUGCAGGUAAGGUGAAAUAUGAUGCUGAACAACAUCUGAACAGUGAUAUGUAUCUAACUAAAGCAUAUUUCAAAAAAUAUAUAUUUGAAUAUGUUGACAGGGAAAAGAUGGGAAUAGCCGGUACACCGGUAGUGAUGACCCCAUCGUAUUUCAGAUAUGAACAUGUUAACUAUGUCAAGCAUACAGUAGAUGACAAUACCCUGAUGUAGACAGCUUGGCUGUCGAAACGUUGUUAUUCAAUUAUUGCAUCUGAGCUCCUAGAGCGCCUCUCCUUUUCUUUUUCAAGCAUAUAUGACAAACCUAUAAAGCCAUCAUUAAGGCCCAUAAUUUUCUGGUGUCAAGCCUAUGUCCUUGUCACUCUCUAGAGAAGGUCACACUCAAAAUAUAUGAGUGUUUCUACGAAAGAACAGAUAAAGUACCGUACAGAGCAGGGCAUUGCAGAAGUUAUUCUGUUAAGUAUGGGCGCCCUCCUGUGUCCAUCGUGGAGUGGCUCUACAUUAUUUGAUAAUGCCACUGUAUAUAAUAGUAUAUAUAUAUCCCUUCUCAAGAGGCUGUGUUGGCUACAGAGUUGAGAGCUGGUCUAACUGGCAGUGCUGUAUUUCAGGUGUGACCCGGGUUGGGAGGGGCAGCAGUGCGAAGUCUGUGUUAGAAUGCCAGGCUGUGUCCAUGGAUCAUGUCACCAACCCUGGCAAUGCACAUGCGAGCCUGGAUGGACGGGACGCUUCUGCGACAAAGGUGACAGAAAAUAUUUGUAUGUAUCAGACAAUCAUAAUCUUAUUUGUUGAGUGAGUGGUAGCACAGUCCUUUUUCACCACUUCUCUCCUCUGCUUCAGAUAUCCAUGUGUGUACAAAUGAGGCACCUUGUCAGAACGGUGCAACUUGUUACACCAACAUUUCAGGGGAAUACUCCUGCCUCUGCCCCAAGGGAUUUUACGGGAGGAACUGUGAGCACAAGACAGGACCCUGUCAUAAGAUCGGCAGGUGAGUUCAAUUACCAACACACCAGAAAACAAUCUAUGGAACAACUUUGUCUCAGGUCUACUGCUUCUGUCUUAAUCAAAACAAAUCACUGUGAACUACAAGUUCAAUCCCAAACAGACUCAACAUACACGUGUAUAGGAAUGAGUGGUCAUUUCAGACUCUCAAACGGGAAACUAGCUGCACUAUGUGUGUGAAUUUCAAUAAUCCGUUUUUCUCUAAGAGCCUGUUUGAUGAGUGUAUUUUAGUGUGUGUGUGUUUUGACUGUGGCAUCCCAGCUGGUCCCCUGAUGGCAGUCAAACACAUGCAGACUGGCACUGGCCGUGUAGCAGCCUAGUCAAUUUGUAUACACUGUAGAGCAAUCAUGUGAUUUAAUGGGCUCAAUAUUGGCCAAGUGAGUGGCCUGUAGUGCUAACAAACACAUUGUAGCCAGGCAUCUACACUACAGCCCCCAUGGAGUCCCCAAAUCACUGGCUAAGCGGUUACCAGGGAAACCAUGCAGACCAAAGCACAGAUUUGUCUUAAGGUGCCAAAUCAAUGCCUGAUUGAAUGGAAACAGUGAUCAUCAGAGUAAGCGCCACACAUUUACUUACAAAUAAGUUGGAGGCUCAGGUCAAUAUGAAAAGGCUUGGGUUAAGUAAUCAAUUCAGCAUUGAAAAUCUAUUCAGUUAUUCAGAACAUUUCCCUCAGGGUUUUUAGUGCUUAUGUUUAAAUUUUUUAGGUCUCCAUGUAAGAAUGGCGGGCAGUGUGAGGACAGUGGUGGCUAUGCACCAGAGCUCUCCUGCCGCUGCCUGGCAGGCUUCACCGGGCAGCGUUGCGAGACCAACAUGGACGACUGCCUGAUGCGCCCCUGUGCCAACGGUGCCACCUGCCUGGAUGGCAUCAACCGCUUCUCCUGCCUCUGUCCCGAGGGCUUCACGGGCCGGUUCUGCACCAUCAACCUGGACGACUGUGCCAGCCAGCCCUGCCUCAACGGAGGGCGCUGCCUGGACCGCGCCAGCACCUUCCACUGCCUCUGCAAACCUGGGUUCACUGGCAGGACCUGCGAGGUUCCCCUACGGAGCCCAGAGAGCCAAGCACCCAUCAGGAGCUCCCAUGGCUGGGCUGGGGGAGGAGAGGGCUGGGGUAGGGUGACUCAGGCCAGGCCAGACCAGAUCACAACCGGCGGGAACCACUCUCAGGGCAGCAGUAACAGUAAUAGUGGAGACCGGCUGCUGAAGAUCUCUGUGAAGGAGGUGGUAACCCAGCGCGGGUCGUCUGGCCUGUCGGAGGUGCAGCUCAUUACCUUGCUGGUGCUGGGGGGCAUGACGCUGGGCGUGGUGUCGCUCACAGCUGGCCUGGUGCUGAGGGGGCAUUGGCAGGACCGCUGUGCCAGCUGCCGGUGCUGUCCCACCCCCCGCCUGCACCCGCUGAGACACAGAGACCGCCAGCCGACUCCGCAGAGCCACCUAGUCACAGUGGAGCAGGAGUGUAAGAUCAGCUUCCUGCACACGCCCACGGCCCCCGAACUGGAGAAGAAGAAACUGAACACUAAG